UUUCUCGCAGAGCAGAAAAAGCGCAGCAGAAGCAGCACGGGAAUGUACCGAGGUAGAGUUUUAUUGUCAUCAUCAGCUCGCGUUCCUUUUACCAUUGGACAGAUUCGGAAAAUGAGGACUUGAGUUAGGCUACCUCGAGAAACCGCGUCCUUUAUAUUUCAAUAAGUGGAUAAUACGGCGAAAGCUGCGAAGAUGAAUGACAUUAAAGUUGCUGUUCUAGGGAGCGAAGCGGUCGGGAAAUCAGCUCUCAUUGUCAGAUUUCUGACUAAGCGAUUUAUUGGCGAAUAUGCAUCGGCAUCAGAGUGCAUUUAUAGAAAACGCUUAUCCAUUGAUGGAAGACAGCAGAAUCUGGAGCUAUACGACCCUUGUUCUCAGCCUAGUGAAGGAAAGUCCACUCUCAGCGAGCAGAUUCACUGGGCAGAUGGUUUCGUGGUGGUCUACGACAUCAGUGACCGCUCGUCUUUCCUUACAGCCAAAGCUAUCCUGCACCUAAUCAGGGAGCUUAACUUCGGAGCCACCAAAAGGGACGCGGACGCUGUGGUCUUUCUGGUGGGAAAUAAGCAGGACUUGUGCCACGUACGCGAGGUGAGCAGGGAGGAGGGCCAGCAGCUGGCGGGUGAGACCCACUGCCAGUUCUACGAGCUGUCCGCCGCCGAACACUGCCAAGAGGUGGCGCUCAUGUUCUCCAAGAUGGUGCGCAACGCUAGCCAGCACAGCAAGGCCAAGGAGCGCCGGCGGCGCCCCAGCGGCUCCAAGUCCAUGGCCAAGCUCAUCAACAACGUGUUUGGAAAGCGCCGGAAAUCUGUAUGAGAAGUGGAGAGCUGGUAGGGACAGGGACCUACGCGACCCGCACCUACACAGUUGUUAAACCGAUGCCGUGAUUAGUUAUUUGAAAAGUCACAUUGGCUGUUUCAGAACAGAUGGACAUAUAGCACCAUGGACUAUUUGUUUCUUAUGUCUGAAGCCUAGUAACACAGGCUCUAUUACAGGAAUACAUAUAAUCUAAUCUAUAUUGAAUGCUGUACAAAAGGCCUUUUCAUAGACCUCGUAAGAAAAGCAUUUCUUUAGCAAAACAUUCCAUAUUUGUUGUUCCAGAAAAAAAAUGGCGCAAAGAAUGUGAUUUACCUUACCAGCAGUAAGAGGAAGUCUGAGAUCCUUUACAGUGAAAAGGCAUUCCUUCCCAAAUGGAGAUUAAGGAGUUAUAUAAUCUUGAGUAAACAAUUACUUUGAUUGCACUUAAAGGGACCGUUAAUGUGCUAUGCAUUACAUUAGAAAAAGCUGAACAUUCUCAGUGGUGAAGGUAUGUGUUAGACUCGCACGGUAUGUGAUUGCAGAGGUAGGUUAGUGGAAAGGGCAGUGGGCUGCAUUUAGAGAGCACAUUAGCCAGCACACUCUCCCUCCGUCCACACUGUUGCAUAAGCAUGGCAGGCACUUCCGAUUUAUCCCCCUCUUCAAUUUUCCACUGUUCCUCAACCGUUCGAGUGUGAAAUAAGGACCAGGAUGCUUAAAUGGCCACAUGCUUCCAAAAGCAUCUGUAUGUAAACCUAAGUGAAGCAUUUUCAAUCAAAAGAACAAGAAAAGCCCCUCUUGUCCUAUUGUCUCUGAAAUAACUUCAGUGGUUUCCUGUAAGCACAAGUAGGGUUAUUGAAAAGGUAGUGCCGUUUGUGUAGCACAGUGCUCUAUGUGUUGGCUUAAUAAUGUGCUGUCAUUAAACCAGUGGAAAAAUCCACGAGUCUGAAUGAAAUAAUUGCUUCUGUAGUCAUGUAAUCUAGUGCCAUGCCCAUGUAUCACAUUGUUUGUUAUGUAACUUAAGUGAUGCCCUUGGGCCAUGGCCGUAGUGAUUGUUAUUUCUAAAUGGAAAACACUUGUUGUGGAACCGGUGUAGACGUGCUUUGUGUAGUGACAUGUAACUAUGGUUUUUGUGUUGAUAGUGUGGUUUUAGUGUUGAUACCUGUGCUUUCAAGGGUGGCCAAAGUAUGAACACUCAGAUCAAUAAAGAGCAUGUUAUGCGAUCACAUUGGUUUGGGAUGAAGACUGGUGAAAGAUCAUUCAAGGCCAAAUGUGUGUGCUGAAGAACACUAAUAAUUUUGUUUUGGUAGAUUGUCUUAUUUUGUCCUAUUUGUAUGAGCAUAUCUAAGACAGUUUCUUCAAGAAUGCAAAAUAAAGGUUAUUGUUUAAAAACAAAAAAAA